UUAAGAAGGAAAUUACCUUGUUCAAAACGGCGGCUUCCGAGUGGCACAAGUGGCUUUCAAAACAAAAAACCUUCGAUAUGGGCACGCUGCGGAUGGUCAACGACCGAAUGAUGCUGGUCGAGCGGGCCUUCAUCAAGCCGGAGGGCUUGAUGGGAAGACCCACAAUCAGGCAUCUGGCUUUUGCGCCCCAGCUGGCCAACGCGUACGCCGGCGCUGGCUUUCCCACCGUCCACGACCAGCUCUACUACCUGGCCCGGAUGAAGCCCAACACGCCGGAAGUAAAACAGGCCUGGGACGACAUCCGGAGGAACGUUAACGACGCGGCCCUCGCCAUACGAGCCGCAAGGCUUCUUCUCGACCCUCACAUGAUCAUCUGAUGACCUCCGCCGCCAUCCCAGAAGUGUCGAGGGAAUAAGUUGAACACACGAGCAGAAAGUGGGCGAUCUCGCCGACUUUCUCGACGAGUGUUCAACUUAGAACCCCAGUACUUCUUCCACAAGGUGGCCCUUCCUGGGCUUGGCGGCAACUCCCGUCCCCAUCUCUGGACGUGCCCCUGUAUCAAGACGGCACGUCUGAAGAUAUAUCCAUUGCUAGGUCCUGUUAUCAUCGUCUGCAGAUUACUUUACCCCUCACACCUCCCACUUCAUUGCUUGGCAGCAUCUUACCCCCGUCAAGUGCUUAACCUUUGAAGA